AUGCAUCCAACCAGCAAGGUGAACAAUUAUAAUGGCCAAAGGGUUUCAGCUGUAGCCACGCCAACCAGUCCAUCGUUUGCAAAAACGAAAGGCGGAAACAAGCCUCUUCCAGCGCAGGAUCUUGUUCACGACAGGAAAUCGCCAAAGAAAAAUUCGAGCGAUGGUAUUAAUGUUGGAGCGAACGUGAAAUCAUCCCCGAAAGGAAAAGGCAAAAGAAAGCCCUGCCCAGUAGAUCAUGUUGGUGGUAAAGGUAAGGUUUCAUCCCCACAGGCUCGGGAACUUCGUCGCUCCAUCAUCAGUCGCUUGCAAAAAACUGGUUACGAAAAGGCGGCUCCAUCUGGAUCCAGACUAUGUAACAGUUGUUCCAAGAAGGGCAAUGCCGCGUCGUAG